UCAUUGGGAGUGGGCGGGUCAUUUCUUGUUCUCUUUUUCCCCUCCGGUGUCUAGCGCUUUCUCCUCGAGUGUGCGAACGGUGACUGAAGGCAAUAAGGAACGAAGCGGCCACGGAGCAACCAGAACAAAGCGAGGUCCCUAAGGCCACCCGGGCCAGCGUGUUCCUUAAGCCGCUCUAGCCAAAGGAACCAUAAAGCUUCAGGUUAAGGUGUCUUCACUUCCUCCUCCUCGUCGUUCCGCCCUUAGCUUCCGGUUCCGGGGAAGGGCCAAAUUUUCUUGGAUGAUUAGGGACUCUCAAGUCUAGGAUGGCUGUCUUGUCGCUUCUGUUGUUGGGUGGUUUGUGGAGCGCUGUGGGAGCGUCCGACAUGGCUGUCGUUACUUGCGGCUCCGUGGUGAAGCUACUCAAUACGCGCCAUAACGUCCGACUGCACUCUCACGACGUGCGCUAUGGGUCAGGUAGUGGGCAGCAGUCAGUGACAGGGGUGACCUCUGUGGAUGACAGCAACAGUUACUGGAGGAUACGGGGGAAGACUGCCACAGUGUGUGAAAGGGGAACCCCCAUCAAAUGUGGCCAACCCAUCCGGCUGACACACAUCAACACGGGUCGAAACCUCCACAGCCACCAUUUCACCUCACCUCUUUCUGGACACCAGGAAGUGAGUGCCUUUGGCGAGGAAGGUGAAGGCGACUAUCUGGAUGACUGGACAGUGCUCUGUAAUGGACCUUACUGGGUGAGGGAUGGUGAAGUGAGAUUCAAACAUUCUUCCACCGAAGUUCUCCUGUCUGUCACAGGAGAACAAUACGGUCGACCUAUAAGUGGACAAAAAGAGGUACAUGGUAUGGCCCAGCCAAGUCAGAACAACUACUGGAAGGCCAUGGAAGGCAUCUUCAUGAAGCCCAGUGAGUUGCUGAAGGCAGAAGUUCAUCAUGCAGAACUAUGACUCAAUGCUGUGAGCCACUGUCACCAACAGUGUUGGCAGUCAUCUGUUGCUGCUGUCCCCUGGAUGCUCUGGUCCAGGAUCUCUGAGCAGUGGCUGCAUUUGGACCCGCAGCCCUUCACACUUGAAGUGGUUGCUCUCCCAGAUUUGGUCAGUUCUCAAGAGACGACUUGUUUGUGAUACUUUUCGUUCGGACUGUUAAGAGAAAGCUGAGGAACUUCCCUCUUAGCUGGGAAAUUUUACUCCUUAGGCAUCAUGGAUUAUUAACUUGUCUGAUUUUCCCCUAUUUUUCUUUUUCCAAAUUGAUAAAUAAAAAAAUAAAGAGAAUUUU